AUGCUGCUGGAUGGUUCCUCACCCCUCUCAGGAUAUAUUAAACUCUUGUUCCUGGCCUUAGCUGUCCUUGUGGUCCUCACUCAGGCUUCCCCAGAUGGAUGGGCCAGAAAGUGUGGUUAUGGAACUGGAAGAUGCAGGAAACAUUGCAAAGAAAAUGAGAAGAAGAAAGAAAAAUGUGGGUUAAGAAAGGUUUGCUGCAUCCCUGCAAAGCAAGACAAGGUUGCUCAUUCUGCCAUCAAGUGGCCAGAUGAUGGAAGAAUCCCCAUGAGAAGGUGUCGUCAAUAUAGACCAGGAGACAAAGUUUGCAGUAAAGUGUUCUAA